GGGGUGGGGCGGAGAGACAGCAGCAGAGCCAUGGUGCUGUUGUAGGGAUUCCCUGAUGGAGUUGCAGUUGUGGGUUGUGACAGCAGGUGGGCGAUGACAACCUUCGGCAGCUGCAUUCCAUCGCGGUUUGUUGAAUUUGGGUGGGAGUUGCGGAAGCCUGGGUUGGAAAGAGGCAGGAUUUUGGAAGAGGGGUGGCAAUGUGUCCGUCAAUGAGCAGGAGACUCGAGAAUGUGUGCUGAGGGACGGUUGCAUGGGUGCUGGAAUUCUGAUCCCUGUGCUAUGGAAAUGCCAGACCCUUAUGCCGGCGGAGUUUCAAGCUGUUUUGACCUCUAUUUACAAUUGGCGGAUCUCAUGAGGCGUCGUUGAGUUGUAGCGCAGCCCGUGGUUGUCAUUGUGGUAUGUGUACUGCGGAAUUCUAGCUUAUUUAGGUCAGCUUCCGUCUGUUGUUGCUUUCAGGUGCAUGCGUUCGAAAGGGCCCAUUAGCUAGCUCUCGUAAGUACUUUUCAACCCACUACGCAUGUACACACUCUUUUCAAACCUAAGGCUAGUUUUUGUUUCCUCGUUGUAGUAGCGUCAAUACGAUGGAGUACAUGCAAGCAGGUCGGGUUCCAGGUUGAUGGAAAGUGACGGUCCUUCCCUCUCGAAGAUGGCCGAAUCGUCCUGGGUACUAAAUUUUGUGAGAAUUACUGAUCAAACUAAUUGAUCUGCUGGUGAUUGUGCCGCCAAGCAAAAGUGAGGAACACCAAACCUGAGAUUUGAGAAGAGCUAUUAUAGAGAUGGAGGGGUAUGAAGCUGGCGGAUGUGGAAUUCAAUGCUAGAAUCUCCCUACUUGGAAGGAGCUAACCACCUUCUGAAGUUGGAGACAUUCAGAAUGAUAUUCUGUUUUGGCGCACCCUUGUGAGAAUUUUGCAAUUUGUUAGAAAUGACUAAGAGGAGGCAUGAACCAGAGUUGAACAUGAUUAAGAUGGCAACUGUCUUGGUGGCCGUCCUUAGCAUGGUUUCAGUGGCAGGCCAAGAUUUAGAAGCUGAUAGAAGAGCACUUCGCAUCUUCAGCGACUACCAUGAUCCAAAAGGGACGAAGUUUAACUGGGUGGACACUACAUCGCCUUGUAAUUGGGCUGGCAUAACCUGCGCCGAGAAUAGGGUGACAGAAUUCCGAUUGCCGGGUAAAGGGCUUCGAGGGAUUAUACCACCGGGGAGUUUAAGCUUGCUAUCCAAUCUUGAGAUUGUGAGUUUGCGUGGCAACAAGUUGUCAGAUCUGUUUCCUGGCGCAGAGCUGGGUAAAUGCAAGAACUUGAAGGCAUUGUAUCUGGCAGGCAACGGCUUCUAUGGACCUCUACCAGAUGUCGCCGAACUGUGGCCGCAGUUGACUCAAUUGAGCUUGGAGUUUAAUAGGUUGAACGGCACCAUACCGGAGUCGAUCGGGAAACUCUCUCAGCUUUACUUGCUGAACCUCCGCAACAACUCAUUCUCGGGAAGCAUUCCAGUCUUGAAUUUGGCGAAUUUGACGAUAUUCGAUGUUGGUAACAACAAUUUAUCUGGAGCUGUACCAGCACUCCUGUCCAGAUUCCCUGUCGAUUCCUUCGUUGGCAAUGCCGGUCUCUGCGGUCCACCUCUUCCAUCCUUAUGUCCAUUCUCAAGCGGACAAUCUGCAACAUCGUCGAAUGGCAAGAAGAGGCUGUCAACUGUCGUAAUCGUUGGUAUCGUCUUGGGAUCAGUAACAUUUCUGAUUCUUGCGCUCGUAGCACUUUUCUGUAUAUUCCUUAGAAACAGCGGACAGGAAUCUUCUUCAGAACCUGAACUUCGUGAGAUUUCGCACGCGAUAACCCCUGACAUCUCCCGUGACAAGCUGCGUGAGAAAGGACCCGGGGACAAUGGAGAUGAACAUGCCGUCUCGGGGGCAGGGGAGCAGGGGGCCAACAGGUUGAUAUCCUUCUCCCUGGUCUCAUUUGAUCUAGAUGAUUUGUUACGAGCAUCGGCCGAGGUGCUGGGCAAGGGCACUGUGGGAACUGCUUACAAGGCGAUUUUGGAAGAUGGAACGGUCAUGGCGGUGAAGAGGUUGAAAGACGUGACUACGUGCAAGAAAGACUUUGAAACAUUGAUCCAGGUUGUAGGAAAGUUGCAGCAUCGGAAUCUAGUGCCCCUCCGAGCAUAUUAUUUCUCCAAAGAUGAGAAACUUCUAGUUUCUGAUUACAUGCCGAUGGGCAACCUCGCUGCCCUUCUGCACAACAAUCGAGGCAAGAAUCGCACACCGGUGGAUUGGCUUACAAGAGUCAGGAUCGCAAUAGGAGCUGGCAAGGGACUUGCAUAUCUGCAUUCACAAGGAGGACCCAGUUUUGUGCAUGGGAACAUCAAGUCGUCCAACAUUCUGCUCAACAGAGACCUAGAAGCUUGCAUCGCCGAUUUCGGACUCGCACAAUUAUUGAGUUCUUCCUCUUCUGGUUCAAAAAUGGUUGGUUACCGAGCACCUGAGGUCAGCGCAACUCGCAAAGUGACACAGAAGUCGGAUGUGUACAGCUUUGGAGUGUUACUACUGGAGCUUCUGACUGGGAAGGCACCGACGCCAGCGUCUUCCAAUGAUGAACCCGUCGACUUGCCACGCUGGGUGCAGUCCAUCGUCCGUGAAGAGUGGACAGCCGAAGUGUUCGACCUAGAGCUCAUGCGCUACCAGAACAUAGAAGGAGAACUGGUGACCAUGUUGCAGAUUGCAAUGAAGUGUGUAGAUCCUGUGCCUGAGCGGCGACCAAAGAUGCACACCGUGGUAUCCCAACUUGAGGAAGUGCACCCAUUCUUCAUCGAGGACACUGCCGAACCGUCUCGACAGUCCGCAACCAUUUCGGAGGAGAUCAUCAGGAACAGUGACGACGACUCCAGGAGCUCUCCUCGCACGCCUCCCACUCCACCCACUCCUGGCACUCCCACUCCACCCACUCCUGGCACUCCUACUCCACCCACUAGUCGCACUCCUUGACAGUCUCUUCAUCGCCGCUCCGCAUCAUGUUGCAAGUGAGAUCAUCGUCAUCACCAUCACAUAUCACGCCACUCACUGUGGGACUGUGAGCAUCCAUGCACACGUCGAUCGACAGGGACCCCAUUGUGACCCGCUCAACUCAUUCUGAGCCGAUUGUCCCUAGUCUCCUUGCCAGACCAAACCUCUGUAGUCGAUUGAUGUCUGCUUUUGACUGCAGUCUGGAUAGAAACAGAGGCAGCCAUUCUUGCCACAGUUGAUUCUCCAGGUGAUGAACACCAAUAAAAAAGAACAGAAGGUUGGUCUGUAAGGGAGAGCGUUAAAACAGGAGGGCCUGUUUUGUUGAUCAUCUAGAGGCCACUUGAAUUUGUCGCCCUGUGAGUGUUGACAGGCUUCCCUUCGCCGUGUAUUGCUCUCUCUCUCUCUCUCUCUCACCUGCUGUUCAAUGCUGGUGGAUGUAAAGCUGGCUGCUCACCUCAUGUGUAACUUUCUCCCUCGCCCACUUCCUAAGCCCCGCAUGGUGGUUGGUUUCAUUUCUCCAUUCCUUUGUUCGACUUAUUUAUUGUUCUUGUUAUCACCAACUCUAGAGAUUUUUAUCUCUUAUGACACAUUCUGCGUCUUCUAGAAAUGCCUAUGACGCUGAAUUUGAAUAGGCUUGUCAUAAUUUUGGAGUUAAUUUCACGCCAUGUCACUAGAAUUUUUUACUUUCGCUUCCACCCGCUUCAAUACUCAAUUGGUACGAAAGUUUGUUUUCGGUCACCUUCCUUCCAGUAAAGUAUUUUUUAUUGAUUUGGCUCAA